AUGGCAGACCGAACUCUGUUACCCAGGCCUGAAGUCCUUGCUUAUCCUAUCCCUGUCUCUCCCAGGGGCCUGGGUGCUGGGGAGGGAUUGGGUAGUUCAAUGGGUCCAUGUGUGUUCUUCUGGGGCCCUAGCCCCGCCCAGCUCCUGGACAGUGUCCUAGGGCUGGGAGCACUGGGGUUGACAAUUCGGGCAGUCUUUUCCAUGGCUGGCCCAGCCUUGCUGCUGCUGCUGCUGCUGGUCAGCUUCCUGGCCUUCGACCUGCUCCACAGGCCCACAAGUCCCACCCGGCCACAGCACACGCUUCUCACAGGGGGCCAAAGCCAAGGGGCUGGUGAGGGCCCAAGACAGCAGGAGGCUCUACUCCUGCAGACAGUGGCCAUCACAGGACGACUCAGCCUCCAGGAGGCUCUCCUCCUACUGCUCCUGGGCCUGGAGCUGCUCUUGGGAGCCCAAGGCAUGCCCUUGGCCCUGCUUGGCCUGGCUUUCUGCCUCUAUCCUUGGGCCUGA